AUGGCAGAAGCAGUAUCAAAUUUUUGGGGUCCUGUAACAUCAAAUGAUUGGUGUGAGAAAAACUAUGUCCACUCCUCGUAUAUUGCAGAAUUCUUCAAUACUGUAUCAAAUUUUCCAAGCAUAGUUUUGGCAUUUAUCGGCCUCGUAAGUGCCUUGGGACAGCGGUUUGAGAAGAGGUUCAGUGUGCUGCAUAUUUCCAACAUUAUACUUGCUAUUGGAAGUAUGAUGUAUCAUGCAACAUUGAGACAUGUGCAACAGCAAGGUGAUGAAACACCAAUGGUUUGGGAAAUGCUACUGUACUUCUACAUCCUCUAUUCUCCAGAUUGGCACUACAGGAGUACAAUGCCUACAUUCUUGUUCUUCUACGGGGCAGGGUUUGCAGUGAUCCAUGCGCUGAUGCGCUUUGGGAUCGCGUUCAAGGUGCACUAUGCAGUCUUGUGUCUCCUCUGCAUCCCUAGAAUGUACAAGUACUACAUCUACACGAAGGACGUGGAUGCAAAACGGCUUGCAAAGUGGUACGUGGCCACCAUAUUCCUGGCGACGCUUUGUUGGCUUUCCGAUAGGGUAUUCUGUGCCGAGGUUUCACAGUGGCGGUUCAAUCCCCAAGGGCAUGCAGUUUGGCACGCCCUGAUGGGCUUCAAUUCGUACUUUGCGAACACGUUCUUGAUGUUUUGUCGUGCAGAGCAGCUAGGGUGGAACCCUAAAGUUGUCUAUGCCCUGGGGUGUCUCCCUUAUGUGAAGGUUCAGAAGCCAAAAGCUCAGUGA